AUGUCGAAAAAAGAGCUUACCAAGCCGACCGUAAAUUGGGCUGAAGUAGAUAAGUGGAUAGCUGAAGGAAAACCAUUUGAAGAACACGACGAAAUCUUAUUGUUUUUAAACCAAGAGAAGAAAUCUGAAAAUGACCUUAACACAGUACCAAAUGGCAAGUUUACUAAUUUAUCCGGACGAUAUAAACUGACAGAAGCAGAAACCAACACUUCUAACGAUAGUGCCAAGAAGACCGAUAGAAAGACCAGGAAAGAAAGCCAUCUUACAUCUACCACAAAAAGAACCAAAACCCCCGUUAGUAACGACAGUAAACAUUGUAGUGAAGCUCCUGGACCAAGACAUGUUUCCGAUCCUCUCAGGCUACACUAA